AACACAAAAAGGAAGCCAAUAAAACGUUAAAAAAACAAAAACAAAAAAUAAAAAACGAACGCUUUCUUUUGAAUCUUCCCGUAUUUUUUCCUGUUUUGAACUGGUCGUUGUAGUAGUUGUUGUUAUUGGUAGGGAGCUGGGUUCCUCUCUUUGAACCCUUCAUCUUCUUGUAAAUCUCUCCAUUUUAAGGGGGUCAAGCUCCUGGUUUCUGCUUCGUGAGUUCUUUUCUUUGGCUAUUGUUAAAUGUGGAGAGAUCCUGGACAACCUGCUGAUUCGUACUAUCAGGUCCGGCCUGAAUGCACCGAUGUUCCAAAAUCUAAAUUCAAAAUCAAGGCAGGUAAAACUUUAAGUUCAAGGAAAUGGCAGGCUGCAUUUACUCCAGAAGGAUACCUGGAUAUAAGCAAGACCCUUAGUCGAAUCUACCGUGGGGGGAUCCAUCCAUCAAUUAGAGGAGAAGUUUGGGAGUUUCUACUUGGUUGUUAUGAUCCUAAGAGUACAUUUGAUGAACGAGAUCAGAUUCGACAGCGUAGAAGGGUACAAUAUGUUAGGUGGAAAGAAGAGUGCCGCCAAAUAUUUCCUGUUGUCGGAAGUGGAAAAUUUAUUACAGCGCCUGUAAUCACUGAAGAUGGUCAGCCCAUUCAAGAACCGUUAGUAAUGUUAGAAACAAAUCAAGACAGAGGCCCCUCUCAAGAUGGUAAUUCUGCUGAAAUUGGCAGUUCACAUGCCUAUGCCACAAAUCAAUCAAGAACAAAUGCUUCCUGUUCAGAGAUGGUGAAAGAGCUUACAAGCCAUGGCCCUUUGGACCAGAAAGUGAUCCAGUGGAUGCUUACCUUACAUCAAAUAGGUCUUGAUGUGCAUCGCACUGACAGGACAUUGGUGUUUUAUGAGAAGCAGAAGAACUUGUCAAAACUUUGGGAUAUUUUAGCUGUUUAUGCCUGGAUCGAUACAGAUGUCGGCUAUUGUCAAGGAAUGAGUGAUCUUUGCUCACCCAUGAUAAUGCUUCUUGAAGAUGAAGCGGAUGCAUUUUGGUGUUUUGAACGAUUGAUGCGCAGAUUGCGAGGAAAUUUCAGAUGCACUGGGAGAACUGUUGGGGUGGAGACACAACUUAGUAAUUUGGCUGAAAUUACUCAAGUCAUUGAUCCAAAACUUCAUCAGCAUUUAGAUGCACUUGGUGGAGGUGACUAUUUAUUUGCUUUCCGCAUGCUAAUGGUUUUGUUCCGCCGAGAAUUUUCAUUUUGUGAUUCACUCUACCUUUGGGAGAUGAUGUGGGCCCUUGAAUACGACCCUGAUUUGUUCACUGUAUAUGAAGAGCUGGAACUGAAUGGUGAGAAACGUGAGGGAUCUAAGGGAAGAGCAAAGUCAAUACGGCACUAUGGGAAGUUUGAAAGGGAAAAUAUGAAAAAUGGGGCAGCAAAUUCUGAAGGCCCCCUUCCCAUGUCUGUUUUUCUUGUUGCGAGUGUAUUGAAAGAUAAGAGCUCUAAGCUUUUGCACGAAGCUCGGGGCCUGGAUGAUGUUGUCAAGGGGAUGACUGGUGAGUUGCUGCAGCUUGAGCAUCACCCUUUCUGUGUUGUGUCCCGAGAAAGAUUCAAACUUAAAUUCUAAGCAGCCUCCAUUUCCCUCUCUAGUUCCCAUAGUUGUGCGUUGCUUGUUGAGGAGCAGUCUCAAACCCCACUCAUGACAUUGUUAUUUGGAGUCUGAAACUGAAAACAUGGCCAGAGUUUGUCUGGUGGCGUGUAACAGUUGAAUAUGCCUUACACCAAUCAUGUGCUAUGCUUGUAGGUUCUAACAUUUGCUUAUGCCUGCAUCUAUUGUAGAACGGUAGCGAGAAAGAUGACAUAAAACUUGUGAAAUGUUUGGUUGGUGAAUAGUUAAUGCAUACUACCUAGAUAAUAUUCCUAGAGCUCCCUAUUCCUUCUGUGCUGUGAAUCUCUGUGUAUAUGAAUAUGAUUU